ACUAGAUACACCAAGAAUCUCCUCUCUCAUCUCACCUGGAGCUCUCGCUCUUUCUGUUUCUGUAAUAGAAUCUAGGAGGAAGACGACGAUGAAGAUAUCUUGAGCUCCACCAGCUAAUUACCCUUUUGAACUCGAACUUAGUUUUAACUUUUAACCAAAGACUCCAUCACGUGCAUAUAAGACCGGAAAAAUGGCUAUUUUUCUCCCCUACUAUUCGUGUCGUGUCUUUUCGUACUCAAACAAAAGAUAAGUGCUACAUACAAUCUAAACUAAAAAUUCUAAACCGUGUAUGUAAAACCUACAUUUAACUGAUAUUGCGUUAGUCAACCGUUAAAUUGAACAAAACGACGUCACUAUUAUAUAUGGAUUUUUUAAUUUAAAAUUAGAUAACUAUGUGAAAAAUGUCAUUUUAAAACUAGAUUGAAUAACUUAUAAAAUGUCAUUUUAGUUUUGACUACAUGUGUAAAAGUGUAAAAGAAAAAAACUUAAAGUACAUAAAUUACUGAUUCAAUUAUAUCUUGUAAUAAAUAAAAAUUGUAAACAAAAAUAAUUAUUUCCUUAGGAUAUACAGAUAAAAGGUACUUAUAUUUUAAAUCUAAUAAGCAAACAAUGGAAGCCUUUUAGCGCAGUGGUAACUACAUCCAUACUAUAUCUACGGGACCAAGGUUUGAUUCCCAUAAAUGCAAAAUUUAUAAAAUUUCCUCAGUUACAAAACGACGUCAUUUUGUUCAAUUUACAGUUGACUAAUGCAAUGUUAGUCAAAGUAGGUUUAAAUUCAAAUUAAUUCUAAGUUUAGGUCGUAUUUAUCACACGAAAAUUAGGGGUCGAAAAUGGCCAUUUUCCCUAUAACACGCACAUCAUUUAACUUGAGCAAACCUUAUGUCGGAUAUAGAGUCUUUAUCAUAAGAUCUGAUGACAUUUCUACACUAUCAAAUAUGAAUAACAUAUGAUUUAAAUAGAGACCACAAGUACGAUGAAGGAUUGAGCGUUUGGUUUAACAGAAUAUAAAAACAGUUAGCGUAGGAAAGUAGUCUACCCUUUAGAUGUACAAAAAGGUUUUUGAUAAAUAAAUUUUAACACUCAUUGAAAAAAAAAACUGAAUAACAAUAUAUACAAGAUUGUAAGUACAAGAACCAAUAACAAUAGAUUUCAAAAUCUUUUAAAUAUAACAAGUAAUAACAAUAUAUUUUAAUUAAAUUUUCAAAUCAGUUAAAUGAAUAACACUAGAUUAUAAACCUAUAGAAUUAAAUUUAAUCUACUAUAUAUAUAUAUAUAUAUAUAUCCAAUAACACUUCCUUAGUUGUGCCCGCUGCUGUCUGCUGACAACAAUUUGCCUGGUCAUGUUACGUGUAUCAUCAUGAAUACAUAAAAGUCAUCUAAUAUAUUCAAAAUAAUAAUAAAAUUUAAUUCAGAAAAUGUCAUCUUAUAUAGAAGUAUUCUGUAGCUGGAGCAUUACUUGAGAUCAUGGAAAACAAAGUCAAGCUGUGUACUUGUAUAACAAGAGAAACUUGCUUGCUUUGAUGGCGUUUAAUUUUGAGUCAGUUUUCAUGGAUUUUAAAAUCAUGUGGGGCGGCGAUGAUGUUUAAGUCAUGAGUCUAUAUUCAUUAGUAGUGUUAAUGUAAUCACUAAUGUUUUUCUUUUAUCCAAUUUCUUAGUUUAUAUAAUAUAUGAGCAAUCUACUCCUAUAAAUUUCAUUGAUAGUUGAUAGAAAAUUCUAAAAAUUACUGGAGUACUUUCAAUUCUAAGGAUUACAAUCAACCAUAAUGGGAAUGGCCGGUUACACAGUAGCACUGAUGAUGAUAGGAGUGAUAAUCUCUCCUUGUCUCUAUGGAAAAGAGUUCUCCGAUCACCAGGAAAUCAAAGUACAAAGACUUUUGAAGCGGCUCAACAAGCAGGCUCUUAUAUCCAUUAUGAGCGAAGAUGGUGAUAUAAUAGAUUGUGUUCCAGUACAUAGUCAACCAGCUUUUGAUCAUCCUCUGCUUAAAAAUCACACCAUCCAGAUGAGACCGAGCUUUAUACCGGAAAGUACGUCUACGUACACCAAGAAAAAGAUAAACGCUACUCAGGCGUGGACCAAGAAUGGAAGAUGCCCUAAAGAUACAGUUCCGAUAAGAAGAAUAAAGAAAGAAGAUAUCUUACGAUCAAAAUCCAUUGAGAGUUUUGGGAAAAAGACGAUGACUCCAGGCAUCCUUUUAUAUGGUUCAAGUAGUGUUCUCGAAGAUGAUCCAAGUAUAGGCCAUGAGUACGCGGUCAUGAAUGCCAUGAACGGAUUGUAUUUCGGGACACAAUUUUCAGUGAAUAUCUGGAAACCACAAGUUCAAGUUCGCAACGAGUUCAGCUUGGCUCAGACUUGGCUCUCGUCUGGAGCUGGCACUGCUCUUAACACAAUUGAAGCUGGUUUGCAGGUUUAUCCAGGAAAAUAUGGUGAUAAUAAUGUAAGAUUAUUCGUUUACUGGACGGCCGAUGGAUACCAAAGGACAGGGUGCUACAACACCGACUGCCCAGGUUUCGUUCAAAGGAGCAGUAUUGUCACAGUAGGUGGAGCCUACACCACCGUCUCAGAAUACAACGGAAAUCAAUACGAGCUUUCCAUGCUUAUAUGGAAGGACAGCGGAAACUGGUGGCUACGGAUAGGUGAAGAGCUCGUCGGGUACUGGCCUGGCGAGUUAUUCAAUUCUAUCGGAAGUGGAGCUACGAGAGUUCUAUGGGGAGGUGAAAUCGUUAACGUGGAGACUGGUGGGCAACACACUGCCACGGACAUGGGAAGUGGACAUUUUGCAGAUGAAGGUUUUGGGAAAGCGAGCUUUUUCAGGAGUCUUAUGACGGUCGAUGGAUUCAAUACUCUGAGAGAAGCACAAGGACUUUACCCCCAGAUUACCAAUUCUAACUGUUACAACGUUAAGGCAGGAGAUGCUGGAACUACCUGGGGGGUUUAUUUCUUUUACGGUGGCCCUGGCCUGAACGCGAGAUGCCCUUGAUUUGGAUCUGUGUGCUCAAAUAUUUUUAGUAUUUUACGUACAUGGCUGCAUGUAUCCGACUAUGAACGUAUGAGUAAGAAAAAUAAUUCACGUCAUAGAAGUUAAUAAUAUGUGUGUGAAAAGCUUUUCGAAUUUCGCGUGUCUGUAAUUUAAAUAAUAAUAUAUAUAUAUGUUUGACAAGA